GGAGUCACAAAAGUGGGCGCUACUCUAGAGUAAACAUGGAGCCGGUGUAUCUGCUCACUUUAUUACUCGUGUGUUGUUUUAGUUGUGACAGUGCUGUUGUUGGCGAAGAAAACUACAAAGAUUGUUUUGCCUCUGAUUCUGUACUCAAGUGUGAUUUCAUUGAAAGCACUCAGGAUGUCCGGAUGGACGAAAGAGUGAACAAGUUCCAGACGGUGCUGGUGAUGAACGCCGGCCAGCUGCUGCUCCAUCCUAGCGUGUGCACGAGCGUCAGCCUGUACCACAUAGGCUCCGUCAUGUUCACUAGCACCAGCCAGAAGGCCGCGAACUGCAGCGGGAAGGCCCUCCACCUACACAAUGUCACAGUGGAUCAGAUCCCGCCUUACCUAGAGAUGAUCAGUCUGGAAAACUCGCGACUCACGGGAACUUUCCUCUCGCAGCCCCACCUGAAGAAGGUCAAGGUGGUCAACUCGUGGCUGAGGCACUUCGACCUGGACACCGUCAUGAGCGGAGCUUCUGAGGUGCGGCUGCACAGGACCAACAUCACGACGCUCAACAGACUCCACAUGGCUGGGCGAUCCAAGCUCUUCAUAACGGAUUCGAGGGUUCAAAAAGUGUCCGAAAAAGCUAUAGAUUUCUCUGAAAACGCCAGCGUUGAGGUAAUGCGCUCAGUGUUUCAAGACGAUUCUACCGAAAUUGCAGUUCAUAACUACAAGAUAGGUAUAUUAUUAGCCAAUAUUACUGGAUCGUGGAAAAUCAACUAUAAGUGUUGGGACACUCAGGAAACCCAUGAAACAACUGUUAAUAAAUACUUCUCAGACGGACGAAUAGGAAAGCAGAAUGAUUUUCCCUUACAAGUUCUCUUAGGUGUGUUGGGUGUGCUGCUUGCGAUAAGCGUUUCCUAUAACUGCUAUACCUGGAGGGGAAGUAGAAAGGUAAAAGUGAAAGCGAAAGAGGAAAUUAAAACCUUAAUGGAAGCUUAGGAAGAUCCUGGACCGAGAUUGUAAAUAGUGAUAAAUAUGUAAGCAUCAGAUAAAAUAAUUCAAAAUGUAAACAACGCAGUCAUAGAUUAAAUACCCAUAUUUUUCUUGUGCAUUGUAUAUUCAGAAUAUAAAUAGCUUUCACGUUAAGGGAAUUUCGAAGCAUUUGUAAUUUUAAUAAUACCGUGGGCUCUAUAUUCAUUUUUAGCGGCCUUUCUCUCUGUUUUAGUCACACUUCAGAUGAGGCAUAUCUUACAAAGAUAAAAUUGAAUGUCUGUGCUAUCCAUAUCACUCUUUUGUAAAGCAUUGUGAAUCAUAUUAUUUACAUUAUGUAAAGAAUAACAAACUUUUCAUCAUGUCAAUCGAAAUCAUACAAAUUAUCUGUAAUUCGUCAAUAUAUUGGGUUUAUGAUUUUUACUUUACCAGAUAUGUUGACCGACAGUAAAUUAUCUCGGUUUCCUGUGCUAGCAUUCCUUUAAUUCACGUGCUUUUUUCAGAUUUGAUAUAUAUAUAUAUAUAUAUAUAUAUAUAUAUAUAUAACAUCACCCAUGAUUUUUGCAUCUUUGUGUAUAGGCCAGUUCUAUUUAGAACAAAUAUAAUAACAUUCAAAUCCAUUUUGUGAAGACUGAUAUUUGCUAAUAGACGUUCAUCUACACGCGUUUAUGUAUUGCAAUGUGCACACACACACACACACACACACACACACACACACAC